AUGGGUGAUUUAUCUCCUAUGCAAUAUUUUUUUAAGUUAUUGAAAGACUAUGGGUAUUAUCAAUGGCAUAGAAAAGAGGAUGGGACUAACACUGUUGGGGAUGUCUUAUUUGCACAUCCCAAAGCAGUUGAUCUGCUUCGAUUGUUCCCUCAUGUUAUUCUAAUAGAUGUUACGUAUCGAACAAACAUGUAUGAUGUGCCCUUGUUAGAGGUGAUUGGAGUAUCUUCAACGGGACAAAAAUUUCAUGUUGCAUUUGGUUUCAUGAGAAAUGAAAAAACUACAAGUUUCUUAUGGGCGAUGCAAAGGGUGAAAGAAUUAUUUGGCUCUGAGAAUAACCCCGGAGUAGUUGUCACAGAUAGAGAGUGGGCACUUAUGAAUGCUGUCGAACAUGUAUUUCCAUCUUCUGCACAUUUACUCUGCAAGAGGCAUAUCGCUAAAGACGUGGAGAGAUAUGUAACAGAUGUAACGGGUAAUAAAAUAUAUGCAAAAGCCUUUUCAAUUAGGUGGGAAAAAAUAGUCGAUUCUUUAACAGAGGAAGAAUACAAUGUGGCUGUUGCUGAAAUGGUAUGUGCAUGGAGUCCUAAUUUAUCGACAGUAGUUGAUUAUGUUCACAAAAUAUGGCUAGAUCCUUAUAAAAAGAGAUUCGUAUCCGCUUGGACCAAAAAAAUUCUUCAUUUUGGGGCUCGUACGACAAAUAGGGUGGGGAGCGCACACUCUCAAUUGAAGAAUUGGUUAGGAACGGCUAUCGGAGCUUUUCAUGUGAUAUUUCCAAGAAUUCAUGAUUUAGUAGAGAUGCAACUUAAUGAAAUCAAAGCUGAAAUGGAAAAAUCUCGUACAAAAAGUCUGCACAUCACUAGAUAUCAGUUAUUUAGUCGUCUUAAGUGUAAGCCAAUACAUCGUCCCCACAAAGGUCGUCCAAAACAUAAUCCAACAAAGAGGGAUAAAUCUGGUUGGGAGCAUUCCGAGAAGAAUGCUACUAAAGGAUCGAAGAAAAAACAGAAUUCGAAUAAAGAUUCUAAACAAGAUGUUGACAAAAAAUCAAAAGGACAUAUAAAUGUGCGUGGUGAUGGACACUGUGGUUUUCGAGUAAUUGCCACUUUUGAGUAUGGUGACGAAAAUAAAUGGCUUGAUAUGCGGCGUGAUUUAAAAGAUGAGUUAACCAAGCAUGUGGAGUUAUAUAGAGAUAGAGAAGUAUUGGGAAGUAUUCAAGAGUAUAAUAGAAUGCUUAAUGUGGUAAAUUGUGACAAGUGUCCAGCUCCGUUUCAGAAUUGGUAUGAUACACUAGGUUUGAGCAUGGUAGUCGCUACUAGAUAUCAAAGAAUUGUGACUAGUUGGUCAAAAAAUCAAUCUGUUACAUUCUUACCAUUGGAGACUCAAUUGGUUGAUCAACCGCCAUCUAUAUACAUCAAUUUAGCUUACGUAUGGAGUAAUCAUUAUAUUUCUCUCCACAUGCCACCAAAUAUUCCUUUACCACCUAUUUUUUCAUAA